AUGCGGAAAGGUUCAGAUGUUCUACGGCUGCGUAAAGGACCUCCUUAUCCGGGUCGCUUAUUUCUGCGCCUUUUUGUAUCUCCUUCUUCCGUCCGUGAUGAGGAAUCACUUUUAUCAAAAACAUCCCACUUUUCCACGCGAUGUACCGGUUAUGCCAUAACUGCUGUUUUUACGUGGGUUUUCAUACUCGACUUCGUCGAUCUAGUCCACUUACAAGGUCGCGACAAGGACCCGGCAUAUGGCCGCAUUAAUCCGAUCAUUGUCAUAAUCGGUUUUGCAGCCAGUCAGACAACUUUUUUCCGCGCUGCCGCAUCAUGCAUCUUCAGCAUGCGGCAUGGAAAGGAAAUGGUAGCGUGUGCGCAUUUUGUCUUGAAAUGCGCAGAUGUUUUUAAGAUUCCGGCGAAUCGCCGCAUCCAUCACAUUAAAAGAGGGCAGCUUCUUUUUCUCUUUGUGGAAGUAUCGUGCAUAAUUCGAUUGGUUGUGGGAAUGUUGGAAAAUCUGGAUAACUUGUACAAGAGGGUGCCGUAUGGAUUCUUCUACAUUUAUGUGUGGCAGAUCAAUGCGUACAUUUACAUUUGGGUCAUUCUGGCUUCGUGGAUUAAUCUCCCGUUGCUGACAAUGUUUUAUUAUCUAUGCGCUAUCCUCAACGAUUGUGCUGAAGUUUGUGCUGAAGAUAUUCAGAAGCUGCUUGAUGAACCCGCGCCAGCCGCCUUGUCAACGGAUGAAUUCGCGAAUAAGCUGAAGCAUAUACGGCGACAGCAUGAGAUGUUAUGCGAUAUGUUCGAGAGGAUGCAGAAGACGUUCUCCAGCAAACUGCUGAUUGAUAUCGCAGGGAACCUUUUCGAAGUUUUGGUCGUGAUUGCCUGGUUUUGCUCGUGGGUCGCGUUACCGACUUUUGGAAACAAGUAUAAAACUGCAAGGAUGCUGAUGACUUUAUUAGGCACAAUUCUUCGGCUUAUUUACCUUGUGGCACAGCCUCUGAAGUUUAGUUACAUGCCCGAUAAGUUAGCAGAGUUGGUGGAUGAGGCCCUGUAUCAACGACAAGCUAAAAGAAAAAAGUAUAUCGCAUCCGUAACCGAGGUGGAUGUCACCCAAACUUUGGACAGAAAAGUAAAAUCCAGUGACCUCACGUUUUGUGCCGGACAAAUAAUUGGCAUUGAUCGAGCCACGGUCAUCUCGACCAUUGUUUCGGUGGCAGGAUUCGUUUGCUUCAUCAUCGAGCGCAUCGAAAGCUAUUCUGUUAUACAUUCACAAGACGAUAAUGACUUGAUAAAUUGUUAAAAAGUUGCCGCUGCUUUUUAGCCGGACUUUGCGAUUGUAAAGUUGAAUGAGUGCCGAAUGCCGAUUAGUGAAUUGGUCGGACACUUGGGUUUAAACUUGUACGCAUGGAGAAUAUAGAUAUGACUAAAGCUGAUUUGCUUUUAAUUUGUUAACUGCAUCUAAAGUUUUUCAACGAAAGAUUUCACAUAAUCUGUAGUUGGAGCGCUACCACAGUGUAUUUUUAUUUUCUCUCUCUUACGGCAUUAAGCGUAUCCGCUAGCUGA